UUGGCCUAAAAGCCUCCAUUGUGACUCCUCCUCCUCCUCCUCCUCUCGCUCCCGCUCCUCCACCUCUUGUCACUUGCUCUUUAGCACAUUCCUCCACAUUUCUCCACUAUCUCAUUCCCUUGGGCAGGCACUCUGCCAGUCCUCUUGCUUUUUCUCUCUCUUCAAUUUGUCCCGUUGGAGCCUGGCCCCUUUCAUUUCCCUCAGCUGCAGCAAACAUGGGCAUCGUGACCCUAUCCAAGGACUCGGCAAAAGACAGCCAGCGUUUCCUUCCAUUUUGAGGGAGAAGAAAAGCAAUUCUUUGUUCUUCUUCUUCUUCUUCUUCCCAACGUCAGAAUUAAGUGACAGGGCGAGCGUUCCGUACAUUCCCAGAGCAGUGACAAGAUGAGCGUCAAGAGGAAAAAGAGCGGGCUGAUUAUCCGUUGGCAGAGGUCAUUCUCCGUCCUGGCUCCUUGGAGGAAAGGCAAAGCGGCCCGAGACACAGUCGUGGACAGUGGCGUUGUGCUGACCAAACUCAAGCUAUUUGGCAACUUCCCUGCCACUCUCUCCGCAGCUUGUGAACACAAGCUGUCAAUGCGUGGCUCCAAAGACUCUUUGGUGGAUUGUCAGCCUGAUGACAAGUCAGGACAAAGUCGUCCACGCUACGGCAACGCAGACUACCUGCCGGGAAUUUUCUCAGGCUCGCAGCUGACCAGCUUGUACAAGUUUGAGUCCGAGGACUCUGGAGUGGAGUUGUCCAGCGCUAACUCUCCGUCCACGGGCUCCGACCAGAGCUUUGCCGUCCACAGUCGCGAAUCGUCCUGUGACUCGUCUCGUUUAAACCCGGAGCCUUCGGCGCGCUCUGCUCAGCAAAGCAGACAUGGACAGCGCUGUGACAUUUCUCACUCAGAGGUUGGGAUCAGCUCUUCAAGAAGGGAACUGCACCUUUGUGAGGAUCCGGAAAGAGAUGAGCGGAGCGCAGCGCCGGAGGGCGACCGGGAGAUGAUUGAAAAGCUCAACUUCAAGGCUUGUAAGCAAUCACGCCAUGACAUGAAGGGGAGCGCCGCUCGUGACGACAAAUGCUGCAUACUCCAUGAGACACAGGAAUGGAGCUCCAAUCCUUUGGGCUCAGGACUUGGCUAUUUGGAGCACAUCUGCCAGCUCAUUGAAACAAUCGGCCAGCUGCAGGAGAACAACCUUGGUCUUCAAAAGCAGAUCUGCCGCUUGCAGAAGGACGCCCGCUUGGCAAAGACUAAAGAGGACUUGUUCCAAGCCCAUUGCAGCUGCGCUGCAGCCACGCUGGCUUUUGAGGACAUGGGCCUUGAUUUGUCCCGCAGUGGAACACUCUCCGAUCUGUCCGCCGUCCCAGAGGUCUCCCGCCAUCCGCUCGCAUCAGCCCCGACUAACAGGCUUUAUGCUAGUUUGACACCAAGCAAAAGAAGUCUCAAGCCAAUGAGUGCCAACCAGGGGGACGUCUUCCUCCGUGAAAGCAACCAAGGGCUUUCCAUCCCUCAUCGGCCGCUGGCUGAUUGUGACACAUGGGGCAGAGUCAAGGACCUAUUGAAGAAAACAAACGUAAGAAACAAGAGCAAAGUGGGAUUAACGGCCAGCUCACUGAAGAUGUCCUGUCCACAACUCUACAGGCCUGAUGUGGGACUAAGGGAACCCGAUAACAGAAACAGGAACUCCAUGAUUGUCUUGGGGCACAUCAGCAAAUGGCACGUCCCUUGGCUACAAUCAUAAAAUACUGAGAUGUUGUCGAGCAGGAGAGCGAGCGAGCGAGCCGGAGCGGAAAAUGGAAAGAACGGAGAAGACGAGCGAUAGAUAGUAACUAAGGAAUUAAAGGGAACAUUCCAACGCUGCAGCUACAGUACGUGGGAGGAAAGGUCAAACUGCAAACAUUGGGACUUUGCCUGAUGAAUUUAGUGGGGAAGAAACAAGAUACAUGCAGACUAAUCAUAUGAUCCCUCAUUAAUUUCCAGCAACAUUUCUUUCCAUUUAUUUACAGUCCAUUGAAUGUGCCAUAUACAAAUAUUUCUGUCUGGUUAAGUGCUGGUCUACCUACGCUAAAUCUAGAUUGUAUUCAGCACAUUAGGAUUGGGACAAACGUGGAUCUCGGUCAAGACUUUGACGUUUUGAUGAUCAUGUAAGCAUGAUCUAUGAUGGGAGAUAACAGUUCACAUCAAAAUCUUCUUCUCUUAUGUAACAAUCAUGACGUCCUUUGUUUUUUGUAUUUUAUCAAAUAAAAACAA